UAACAAACUCUGUUAAUUUGUGAACAAAUUUCAAUAUUCUACACAUUAAUUGUUAAUUAUAUUUGCAGUGUAUUUUGACAAAGACAACCGAGGAAGUAUAAUUCAAGUAGGGAUAGCCUUGUCGAAUUAUGAGCUGGUUAUAAUUUUCGAAAGCUCUGUCAACUAUAAAGUUCCUGGUGUAUAAUUUCCUCUUUUAGGUGAAACUAUAGUAUAACAAGUUCUUAUUCUACAUACAUAAAUCCGUAAAUAAUUAGUUGUAUUUGCUCCAAGAAUGGCAUCAACGGGCAGUAGGGAGAUACAGGAGGAUAUAGUCGGCCCUUUGAUGGAUAUGAUGGGCAGCUUAUCGGAAGGAAUGCGGAAGAAUCUUUCUAAGGAGGUUUCAAGCAUCAACAGAAGGCUAGACGAAUUAAGUAACAAAGUUGACUAUCUGAUCAGCCGAACGGAUGGUAACAACUUUAGAACUAAAGGUAAUCACAAGUUUGUAUCAGAACAGUCUGUUUUAACAAGAGCAGCUACCCCUACCAUGCCCUCUGAACCAGAGGUAGAAAAGUUACUUUCAAGCAAAUCUGAAAACCGCGAGUCAACUGAGUCAGAGGAUUACAGUAUUGUAACAGGAAGAUCGCCCACCGAAUUUGAUAGAAAGUUUGAUAGAGGGCGAUCACUUCCAGAUAAAGCACAGGAGAAGCUUCCUGAAGAUAAACAUAAUGUUGAAACAACAGGAUUCAAUAAACAAAGUUUACAUAAUAAGCCAGAAGAGAAAAGAGUCACAGUAGAAGCGGCUCUGAAUGACGACGCAAAUGGAAAAGAAAACACAGCCGUUUCAAAAAUGCCAGUCGAUAAGAAAUUACCUAAGCCUGAGCCUCAAACAGAAAUAGAUGGAUAUGCAGAUGGAAGCGAUCCAGAAAAUGAAAAAGUUGAAAGGGACAAAAGACCAAAGGAUGUAUUGGAACCAAGUAUGAGAGGAAAACCUGCGCAAAAGCAAAAAAUAGACAAACGUUUUGAAUCCAACCGUAAACCUGUGGACACAACCUCUCCAGACCAGUCUUUAUCCGGACGAAAACGGCGGGGGUUGUUCAACUUUGGAAACAUAGGUGUGCACAAACGGCCACAAAGCCCACCACCAACAAGUGAUAACAAACAUAAUGUAUGCUACACAAAGUUCAAGAAGACGAGAACAGAGUUCACUACAGACAACAGGGCAAAGUAUCUGAAAAACGCUUUCAACAUAACAGAAACUAAUAUUCUAGAGCGAGAUCAACAAACACCAGAUAAGGCAGACAUUGAUACAAACCUACCGUACAAAAAGAUGAGUUGGGACCAAAAUCAGAAGGAUGACACGUUAUCAAAGGGAACAACAGAUGAAGUAGCCAAUAAAUCCAUACCUGCAAUGGCCACUUAUCCUGGACAAAGUCAGAAAAUUGGUGAAAAGUCGAAAAACCAGCAGCCGGCACCGUCAGGAUUUAAGAAUGAGCAUGGUGACGACGAUAAUAGAUUUAUAGCUGCAGCUCAUGACGAAAGACCGCAUGCUUCAGUUAUGCGCAGGGGUUUCGAUUUGUCUAACUUAAAGCUGGUGAAGAACGGACCACGACGCCCUGUUAAUGGUACAGGCACGAGCUCAAGACGGCCUGAUGGUGGAGCAACAGAGCUAUUACAGCUUCCAGAAAAGAGUCUGAUGCAAGAAGAUAAUGGAAGCGGGAAACUGGUUUCUGAUGAUGUUUUGUAUUCCUUAAUUGAACAGGAGAGAUUGUCAGCUGGAGAAUGCAGUGAUAUAAAAUCACACGGUAUUGACACUGUGAUUUGUUUAGACACGUCAUCAAGUAUGGCCGGGAAGCCGCUUACCACGGCUAUUCACACAGUCACGAAGAUUCUUGAUGGAUUUGAAACGAAUGCAAUCUACCACGAUCUUGAGGAGAACGUUGCUUUAGUAACAUUUGGAAAUGAGAAUAAAAUACGUUGUCAUUUAACAAACGACUAUGGUGUGAUAAGAGAAGGACUAGAAAAUAUUACUGCUGGUGGCCCUUCACCGCUAUGGUUAGGCCUUGCUCUUUCGCUUGCUGAAAUUAAAGAGAGAGGCGGGGCGUGUAUAAUGGACCCAACAACUGUACUUCCAAGAAUCAUUCUUAUCACAGAUGGAUUUGCCUCGCGUAAGAAUCUUCUCGUCGGAGAAGAUAGUUCUGUAGUCGACGACCAGGUGAUUCGAGAGAUUCUGUCCUUGAUGAGCACGUGUACAUCUUUCACAAGUUACAUGGAGUGUAUAAUACCAAGUCCAUGCCACGAGGAGUUUCUGAGCAGCCUUACCAACGGUAGAAUGUACACUACAGACGACUUAGAACAUGUGGUUGAGUUUUUCCGAGUUCAGGAGAAAGCAAAUGAUAUUGUAAAGAAAGUCUCAAGUGGAGAGAUGGAUCGUAGUGAAAUAGGGGAAGCGAUAAAUACCAGCAAACUGGGCGAGAAAGGAAAGGACGAUUUGAAGAAAAUGCUAUCAGAAGGCUUAUCGUCUGAUGUGUGUGAAGAUGUGCGUGAAAAUGAGCAUUCUAACACCUGUAAGUGAGUAACGAGGGUGAAAAGUUUCUUGACCUCGAGU